AUGUCGAUGCUUCCAACUUUUGGGUUUACUCAAGAGCAAGUGGCGUGUGUGUGCGAGGUCCUCCAGCAAGGAGGUAACAUCGAGCGACUCGGUCGCUUCCUGUGGUCACUACCUGCCUGUGAGCAUCUGCAUAAAAACGAGAGCGUCCUCAAAGCCAAGGCCGUGGUGUCUUUCCACCGGGGCAACUUCCGCGAACUCUACAAGAUCCUGGAGAGCCACCAGUUCUCCCCACACAACCACCCAAAGCUGCAGCAGCUGUGGCUAAAGGCUCACUACAUCGAAGCCGAAAAGCUGCGGGGGCGGCCGCUCGGGGCCGUGGGCAAGUACCGCGUCCGGCGCAAGUUCCCACUGCCGCGCUCUAUCUGGGACGGCGAGGAGACGAGCUACUGCUUCAAGGAGAAAUCGCGCAGCGUCCUGCGGGAAUGGUACGCUCACAAUCCAUAUCCUUCGCCCCGGGAGAAGAGGGAAUUGGCCGAGGCCACCGGCCUCACCACCACACAGGUCAGCAACUGGUUCAAGAACAGGAGACAAAGGGACCGAGCCGCCGAAGCCAAGGAAAGGUACGAAGAGAACAACGAGAACUCGAAUUCCAACGUUACAGCCGGCGGCCACAACCAAAUGAAUCCUUCGAUGAAUGGGAACAAAAAUAUGCUGGCGAGCUCGGACGAGGAAAAGACUCCGUCUCAAACGCCGGAUCACACGUCGAGUAGCCCGGCACUGCUAUUAGGAUCCCUGGGCCAGAGCUCCAACACCAGCCUACAGCCUCUACACACCCUGGCCGCGCCCCCGGGUCCUAGCGCCGUAGCAGUACCCAACUCAGAUGUGAUACACCACCACGCAUUACAAGACUCCAUGCUCAACCCCAUGUCAUCCAAUUUAGUUGACCUUGGCUCGUAAAAAAAAAUCCUUUUAUCUUCGAACAAAUAAAGACACUCUCAAGAUUAUCCUUUAUAUAUUUUACUUGACAUUUAAGCGAUGUACAUAAAAAAAAACGUUAGUGGAUAUUUUGUCAACCAUGGGAAGGAAUGAUGGAUAUAGCUAUUCAAGUUUUAAGGUACUGUAUUAGACCACCUAAGAGAUUGAUGUAGCAAAGUCUUACGGUUUUAUAUAAUGGAGGAUGUUUUUGUUUAGACAGACAAGUUUUAUUUUACUGGUCACAAAAUCACGAUCUUGAAGUAUUGCUCCCAAUUAAAAUUACAUCAC